UCAGUUGUAAUGCACAAAGACAAAGAGGACCCACACGGGGGUAUGUUGACGCACUGUCAUAACCUGCAAGAGCCAAGUUUUCGGAACAGAGACCUCACGACGUACGAGCACGCAGCCUUAGACGGGGACACUUUUUUACAGGCGCUGAAUGGAUUUCUGAUGAUUCUAACGUGCGAAGGCGAAGUGUUUUUUGCAACCCACAGUAUAGAGAGUUAUUUGGGAUUCCAUCAGUCUGAUAUAGUGCACCAGAGCGUCUACGAGCUGGUCCAUUCCGAAGACAGAGAAGAACUCCAAAGACAGUUACUCUGGAACAGUUUUAUAACCGCCGAGCAACAACAGAUGAGUCUCCAGGAGGUCUUAAUGCCCCACAAUGCACAUUUGUUGGAACGGAGUUUUACAGUUAGAUUUAGAUGUUUACUGGAUAAUACUUCAGGGUUUUUGCGAUUGGAUAUCCGAGGACGUGUCAAAGUUCUUCAUGGACAAAAUAGGAAAACAGAAGAACCGCCUUUGGCUUUGUUUGCAAUCUGUACGCCAUUUGGACCGCCAAGUUUACUGGAGAUUCCACAAAAGGAAGUGAUGUUUAAAAGUAAACAUAAAUUGGACUUAGGGUUGGUUUCUAUGGACCAACGGGGAAAAAUGCUUUUAGGAUAUUCUGAUGGUGAACUGGCUAAUAUGGGUGGAUAUGAUUUAGUACAUUUUGAUGAUUUGGCAUAUGUGGCAAGCGCUCAUCAAGAAUUGUUAAAAACUGGAGCAUCCGGAAUGAUAGCUUACAGGUUUCAAACCAAAGAAGGACAAUGGCAGUGGUUGCAAACCAGUUCGAGACUAGUUUAUAAAAAUUCAAAGCCUGAUUUUGUUAUUAGCACACACAGACCGCUUAUGGAAGAAGAAGGCAGGGAUCUGCUGGGAAAACGUACGAUGGAUUUCAAAGUUAGUUAUUUGGAUGCAGGUUUAACAAAUAGUUAUUUUACGGAUAGUGAUAAUAUUAUGACGUCUGUUCUUCCAACGGCUACGUCACCGACAAUACCAAUGACGCCGACAAACCAAAGGGUAAAUCGCCGUUACAAAACCCAACUCCGCGACUUCUUAUCAACAUGUCGAACGAAACGCAAACUGUCGUCGCACCAAUCACCUCACGCAUCGCCCUUAACACCUCACGCUCCUGCUGUCCAAUCCUUAAACAGUCCUUUACUCAACACGUCCAACAACUUAACGAACAACAACCACAACAUAAAUCUAAACAACAACAACUCUUCGCCCCAUCUCUCGACUGUCAUGAUGGAUUAUCUGCCGACAGCUGCUGCCGAAAAUCACCUGAUGACGCCCAUUGCUGCUUAUCAUCAUCACCCAAAUUUGUACACCCAGGGAGGAUAUGGUCAGACGGAGAACGCUCUCUAUAUGGGACAGACUUUUCAGACGAUGUAUCCGGAUAAUUUGUUUCAUCAAUAUCAGAGGCACCAUCUGACGGGUUAUUAUACGGCGGCGGACUACCAGGCUGCAGGAGGAUAUGUAACUACUGGUACCAACGGCUUUCUGGAAGUGUCUCCUAGAGGAUACGAGAGCACAGGAGUAGCUUAUCAUCAGUUAGGGACGCCUAAGGACGACAAACUUUAUGCUUGUGCACAGAUCGGUUGGGUCGUUUCUUCGGAAUUACACUAUUUUAAUGAUGCUUUGUAUGAUGAUAGAGUUUAA